CCCUUUCCCUUUCCCUUUCCCUUUUUGCGUGAAAUUCAUCCCACGAGAGGAGGAGAGAGAAAGAGGCACAAAAGGAUAUAGCUCGUCAGCUCCUCUCCUGAACCGACCUUAUCAAUUUCACAAUUUUCUUUUUCAGUAUCUCAUUUACUUAAUAUAUUCAAGACUAUAGCCUUAUCAAUCGAUCAAAUUCCCCAAUAGUCACUGUUUUCCGGUUUCAGUUGGGAUUUUAGAGCUCUUGUUGUAAUUCUUUAAAAAGGGAGCUAUGGAUGCUGAUUCUUGGAGCGCUCGUCUCUCUUCGGCCUCUAAGCGAUACCAAUCAGUCCUCCAAUCGCGAUCUGAUAUGUUUAUAGGUUUUGAAGAAAUUGAUGGAGAUGAUGAUAUAAGGGAGGAGUUUCCUUGCCCAUUCUGCUCAGAAUAUUUUGAUAUUGUUGGGUUGUGCUGUCAUAUUGACGAUGAGCAUCCCAUGGAGGCAAAGAAUGGGGUGUGUCCAGUUUGUGCAAUGAGGGUAGGGGUUGAUAUGGUUGCGCACAUAACCUUACAACAUGGGAAUAUAUUCAAGCGUAAAAGGAAAUCACGAAAAGGUGGAUAUCAUUCUACACUUGCUUUAUUGAGGAAAGAGCUCCGAGAAGGAAACCUACAAUCUCUUUUUGGGGGUUCUUCCUGUAUAUUUUCCUCAUCCAAUGCAGCGCCUGAUCCCUUGUUGUCUUCAUUCAUUUUGCCUAUGGCUGAUGAUUUUGCAAGUGCGCAACCUUCCUUUUCAGAUGAAACAAGCUCAGCCAAGAAAAGCUUAGAUGACAAUGUUUUAAAGGGAAAUAUGAUGUCGUCGCCCCUGUCAAUUAAGGAUCAGGAAGAGAAGGCCAAGAGGAGUGAGUUUGUUCAAGGGCUAUUGUUGUCUGCCAUUCUUGAUGACAUCUUAUGAAGAGAAGUCAUACUGGCCGCUGCAUCAUGAAAGCCAAUUUCAACAAAAAGCCCUACAAUCUAUGGUUGGUUUGAAGUGAGUUUGCCAAAUUGUCAAUGUAUUGAAGGCAGGAGUGUUGAAUAAGAUAUAGGAAUGAGUAUAACCUAUGUUUCAUGUGAAAUUUAGUUGUUGGAUCUGCAGUAAUUCUCUUUUUCAGUUCAUCAUUAAAAGAAAAGAAUAAUAAUAAUAAUAUUUUAUUUUCCUAUA